AUGCCACCCAAAGCCGACUGGGAAAAGUACAAGAAGCCGGACGUCGACGGCAAAGACGAAGAAAAGAUCGUCGCUCUCGACGAAGGCGAUAUUCAGCUCCUCAAAACUUACGGCCAAGGUCCGUACGCCUCUUCACUCAAGAGCAUCGAGAAUGAGAUUAAAGAGCUUCAGAAGCGCGUCAACGAAAAGAUGGGCGUAAAGGAGAGCGACACAGGUCUCGCGCCACCGAAUCUCUGGGAUUUGCCAGCAGACCGACAACGUAUGGGUGAGGAGGAGCCCUUGCAAGUUGCACGAUGCACAAAGAUCAUCCGUGCAGAUGAGGGGAAGAAGGAAGGAGAGUCUUCGGAGGGAGGAGCUGGAGGAUCGGGUGGUGCAGGGGAUAGGUCGGGAGGUCUGGGAGGUCUGGGAGGCUCAUCGCCACCCACAGCUGACGAAGAGGACAAGUACGUGAUCAACGUUAAGCAGAUCGCCAAGUUCGUCGUCUCGCUCGGUGAGCGUGUGGCUCCCACAGAUAUCGAGGAGGGUAUGCGUGUCGGUGUUGACCGCAACAAGUACCAGAUUCAGAUUCCACUACCACCCAAGAUCGACCCAUCUGUCACCAUGAUGCAAGUCGAAGAGAAGCCUGACGUCACCUAUGGCGAUGUCGGUGGAUGCAAGGAGCAGAUUGAAAAGCUUCGAGAAGUCGUCGAGCUCCCUCUGCUCUCACCAGAACGUUUCGUCAACCUCGGCAUCGAUCCACCCAAAGGUGUUCUUCUCUACGGUCCCCCCGGUACGGGUAAGACGCUCUGCGCUCGAGCCGUCGCAAACCGAACAGACGCCACUUUCAUCCGUGUCAUCGGCUCUGAGCUCGUCCAAAAAUACGUCGGUGAAGGAGCCCGUAUGGUUCGAGAGCUUUUCGAGAUGGCAAGAACCAAAAAGGCAUGCAUUAUCUUCUUUGACGAAGUCGACGCCAUCGGUGGUGCCCGAUUCGAUGACGGUGCAGGUGGAGACAACGAAGUUCAACGUACCAUGUUGGAGCUCAUUAACCAGCUUGAUGGUUUCGAUGCUCGAGGUAACAUUAAGGUGUUGAUGGCUACGAACAGACCUGAUACUUUGGAUCCCGCCUUGCUCCGUCCAGGUCGUUUGGACAGGAGAGUCGAGUUCGGUCUGCCGGACAACGAUGGCCGUGCUCAUAUCUUGAGGAUUCACGCAAGAUCGAUGUCUGUAGAUAGAGAUAUUCGAUACCAUCUUAUUGCUAGACUCUGUCCUAAUGCUACAGGUGCAGAGCUGCGUUCGGUGGCGACAGAGGCUGGUAUGUUUGCGAUCAGGGCAAGGAGAAAGAUGGCAACGGAGAGGGACUUCUUGGAUGCUGUGGACAAGGUUAUUCGACAGGGAAGCAAGUUCUCGUCCACUGCUUUGUAUGCGCAGUACAACUAG